CACACUAGGGGACAGCACUCGCUCCUUCGUGUUCAGCGUCUCUGCUCUUGAUUCUCCACUAGAAGAAAAGCCUCCCACCGUCUUUCUUUUUUUCAAAAUGGCCGAAUACUUGGCGUCGAUUUUCGGUACAGAAAAAGACAAGGUUAACUGCUCUUUUUACUUUAAAAUUGGAGCAUGUCGCCAUGGAGACCGAUGCUCGAGACUCCAUAACAAGCCUACGUUCAGUCAGACUAUUGCUCUGUUGAACAUUUACCGGAACCCACAAAACACAGCUCAGUCUGCGGAUGGCAUAAACUCUGUCAGUGAUGUGGAGAUGCAGGAACACUAUGAUGAGUUCUUUGAGGAGGUCUUCGCUGAAAUGGAGGAGAAAUAUGGAGAGGUUGAGGAGAUGAAUGUGUGUGAUAAUUUAGGAGAUCACUUGGUGGGAAAUGUCUAUGUGAAGUUCCGCCGUGAAGAAGAUGCAGAGAAGGCGGUGAUUAACUUGAAUAACCGCUGGUUUAAUGGCCAGCCCAUCCAUGCUGAGCUCUCACCUGUCACCGAUUUCAGAGAGGCCUGUUGUCGACAGUAUGAAAUGGGAGAGUGCACUCGAGGAGGCUUCUGCAACUUCAUGCACCUGAAGCCAAUCUCAAGGGAACUCCGAAGAGAUCUGUAUGGUCGCAGGAGGAAGAGGCAUCGCUCCCGUUCACGUUCCCGUGAACGUCGUUCUCGCUCAAGGGAACGCAAUAGAGGAGGAGGAGGAGGAGGAGGAAGAGAGCGAGAGAGACGGAGGUCAAGAGAUAGAGAACGCUCUGGACGGUUUUAAAAUGUCCUUCUUUCUUGAAACCAACAUUCAAUUCCAAACCCUGCCCUAGUGUCUCCUGGUGAAAUGUGAUAAAUGUUGAUUUUAUUUCCUCCCCGAUUUCUUUUUCCACUGACCUUUUUAUGCGAGAUUUGUUUGCUUUUCAAUAAAGAUACCUUCAUCAUUUUA